CAGGAUAUAAAUAGCCCCAGUAUGUGUGGCUGCUAAAGAGCCCCCUGGCUAUACUGGUGUUAAAACUACACAGAGAGCAGCUUUUUGACUGAAGCUGUGCCUCCUCAGAGUAACCCCUUCUGCACUGGCUCUUUUUACACUUGUCAGAUGAGCAUGGAAACAGAAGAUGACUUUUAUCAAUCAGAGGAAGACUUGGACGAAGAUGAGGCAACGCAAUAUAUUAUUGAACAAAGUCUAAUUCAGUAUAGAAAGCUAAAAGGAUUAAAUCCAAGUGAUCUGAAACCUUGUGAAGACCCUGAUGAGAUUUUCAAAGCAAUUAAGGAGGGUGAUGAGAAUGCCCUGAACAGACUUGCAGCCCAACCGGAGACUCUGUCCAGAGUUGAUACACGAGGAUGGAUCCCGCUGCACGAGGCUGCGGCACAGCAGAAUAAGAAGGUGCUAGAGAUUAUCUUUUCAGCAUCACCCCCGGGUGCAGCCCAGUGUCGCACUCUGAAGGGUGAGACGCCACUGUUUUUAGCUGUGGUCCACGGGCUCAGAGAGAAUGCUACAUUCCUGUUACAGAAUGGUAGCAACCCAGAUCUCCAGAAUGACGAGCAGGAUUCUCCAUUAGUGGCAGCUCUUCUAAAUGAUCAGUAUGAUUUGGCCACGCUGUUGCUUCGUUACAAUGCCAAAAUAGACCAAACCGGACCACUGGACAGGACAGCUCUACAUGAGUCCGCGUUUUUAGGCUUGGAGAAUUUUGUGUAUCUGCUCUUAGAGUCUGGUGCUAAUCCAAAUGCAUGUGACGUUAAAAAGAAAACUCCACUGGCUCUGGCUGCACAGAAUGGACAUCUAAAUGUGGUGGAGGUUCUGUUACAGAAAGGUGCACAGGUGUGGUGUGAGUCGGAGUCAGGUACGAUUUUGUUUGAUGCAGCGGCAUCAGGAAAUCCUGACAUAAUCUCCUUGCUGCUGGAACACGGUGCAGAUCCAAACGUAACCCUUUAUAGUGGGCACCUGCCAAUUCAUCGAGUGGCAUACCAUGGACACAGACUAGCACUGGAACAUCUCAUCCCAGUGACGAAGCUGCAUGCUGUAAAGGAAAGUGGGAUGAGUCCUCUCCAUUCUGCAGCUGCUGGGGGACACGCCCAGUGUGUGGAGAUACUGCUCAAAGCUGGCUACGAUCCAAACUUCAUGCUGCACCCAAGGAUCCGCCGCAACUAUGAUGAUGACCGCAAGUCUGCCCUCUUUUUUGCUGUGUCCAACAAUGACCUCCAGUGCACCCGCUUACUGUUAGAGGCCGGGGCUCUCGUGAACCAGGAUCCCAUCAACUGUCUACAGGUGGCUCUGAGACAGGGCAAUUAUGAACUGAUCAACAUCUUGCUGAAGUAUGGGGCAAAUGUCAACUACUACUCCCGUGUCAACACCACUCAUUUCCCCUCAGCGCUGCAGUAUGCCUUAAAAGAUGAGGUUAUGCUGAGAAUGAUCCUGAACCAUGGUUAUGACGUGAAGCGCUGCUUUGACUGUCCAUAUGGUGACAGUUCCCAUGAUUACACUGCUUGGACGACGUCAGUCAUUAAAGACAUGGUGUUCUGUGAGGUGAUAACAGUAUCCUGGCUGAAGCACUUAUCUGCCCAGGUGGUGCGCAUCAUGCUUGACUACACUGACCACGUCUCCUUCUGCACCAAACUAAAGGACACACUGCAGGAGCAGAAACAGUGGCCAGAAAUCUGCCACAUUCAAAGAAAUGUGCGGAGCCUGAAGCACCUGUGUCGCCUGCGGAUAAGGGAGCACCUUAGACGCCUGCGUUUGAGAGCACCAGCUUUUAUCAACUUCCUUCCUCUUCCUCCCAGGCUGAAAGAUUAUCUGCGUUACAAGGAGUUUGACAUUUACAGCAGGGGCAGUAUGAUUAUCCCCUGAUGAAAACAUAUUUAUAGAUAUCAAAGAUGUCACUCUUUUAUAGAAAGCUUCCUGCUUUAUUAUUAUUAUGUGUGAUUAAAAUUACAUUACUUAUACAGUCAAAAAAUGUGAACAUAAAUUGUACUCACCUUUUAAAUAUCUAUCAGAGACAUAUAUAUGAGCGCAGCGGGACAUUGGUGGGUAACAGUUUGUUUGCAGAUGACGUGGUGAUCUGCAGUGAGAAGAGGGAGCUG